GAUUGAUAGUAACUUGGACAGAGGGGAGAGUGAAGAGACUAUUGAAAAAGAGAGACACAAAAGAGACCUGCAGGAUACGUAUUAGAGAGAGAGAGAGAGAGAGGAGCACGGAGCGGCAGAGACAGCUCCACAGACACAAUACAGAAAUUAAUCCCGGAGACAGUGACCCCGCCUGACAGCACUCUCUUGACUGGUGCACGGACAGUGUACUCUUCUCAGUCUUCACACAUGCUGGAGAAGUCUCUGUGGACCGAUAGUAUGUAGCCUGACAGGGCUGUGUGUAUAGAGAGGCAGGCUGACUUGUCAGCUCUGGGAGAGACAGACUGAACAGGUCUCACUAGAGACAUACUUACUGCUGGAGACAGACUAGUUGACAGUCCUCUCUAGAGACAGAGUGACUGUCAGGUAAAGCUCUGGAGUCAGAUUGGCUGCUAUCUCUGGAGACACACUAGAUGAGAUUACAGUGGCCUGUGGAGAUAGAUUUGGCACAGAAAUCUGAGAGACUUGCACAAAGGACUGACAGAGUGUCACAGACUCAUCACUGACAGAGACUUCAUCAGAGACAGACUGCUUUGUUCAUGGACUUCAACAAGAAGCAACAAUUUAAAAGCAGCGGACAUUGCUUUACAGCUUGUAAAAAGUGUCCAAAUGUCCAACACCAGACCCACAAUCAUACCAGAGAGACAACUGCAAUGGACAAGGCCACCACACAUCCUACAGCUCUGCUACACAUCAAUAUUGACAAAUCCAAAAGGAGAGAGAGACAGAAGCCCCUGGCUUCAACAACAUACUGUCAGCUAGGAAAGAAUCACGAUGUAAUGACAGAAAAGCUAAACCUGAGCAUCCCUUCACUGCUGUCCUGUAGCAAGUCAUCUAUAUUCAGCUUGCAUUCCCACUGCAAAUACCUGGAGCAGGAAAAUGCUGCCAUUAUGAAAAAGAUCAUUGAGAUGGAAGAUGGGAGAAUGAAUAGUGCCAGCCAACUCCUGCAACAGUAUGACAGGGCAGAGAGUAAUAUCCAGGCAGUGCAGUUUUGGACAGACCGUCAGAUUAAGGAUGGUCAUGGGGAUGUGGAUGUGAUCAGAGUACUGAGAAAGAAACGUGAGAAGGCACUGCGUCUUCAGCUACAAGCCUGUGAGGAAAAGAUAAAGGCAGCUCAGGAGGACUUACAUCAUCUGCGAGAGUACCGGGAUCGGGAGCAUUCAGUGAAAGUUUUGGAGGCUGCAGAGCUUGAGAGACAGCUACGAGUGUUAAAUGAGACCCAUCAGGACCAGGCUGCUGAUGUGGAAGCUUUAGCUCAUACAGAGACGCAGAAGUUGUUGGAAAGUCAGCAGACAGUGAAGGAUGCCAUCCUACAAAAUGUAGUGGAGCAAGAAUUGCAGUUUCUACCUUUGUCAUUGAAGAGGAUGUGUCUCCAGAACCAGGAGUUGAAGCAGGACAUUCAUGCAUACCAGCAGAUGGUUGCGGAGCUUCAGAAUGAGGUCUUGGUCUUGCUGAAAAGAGGAGACUCCCUUCGUAAAUCUUGGAAAGAAGAGACUGACAGGCUCUGUAAAGACUUGCUGCUUGGCAAGCCCAUAUGUACUCCUGAUGAAGAUGUAAUCCUCAAUAUUCCUCUCAACCAGGAAAUGCCUAUUUAGUGCCAGGUGCGUGGAUGCCUGGCACCACUUCUACGUUCCUUUAAUUACAGCAUAUCCUGAAGUGACCAUGAAACUGCUGCUUUUCAUUUUGUCUGUCUGUAUUUAUCUUAGGGUCCUAGCUGAUGUACAGUAUGUAAGAGUAGCACAUGAGAAGGCUGUGUGUUCCACACAGGAACAAAAAAAAUAAACACAUACUGUAAAUACAUAUAUAUAUAGAGAGAGAGAGAAAUGUAUUCACUGAUAUAGUGAAAAUAUAAAAAACAAUAUUUGCUACAUUUUCUGAACUGUAACACCUAAAAUACAAAGCACUUUAUACAAAACUGAUAAAAGUAAUAUUUAUUAUCAUAUCUGCAGCUUUUUCUGGAUCUCGAUAGGCAUUUUAUCAGUGGUAAAAUGGUCACACUCCAUAAAAUGACAGGCCACUACAGGGACAUUUUCAGAGCCUAAAAUGGCUGCCUGUGGAUAGUAGUUGUAUAUUGUUUGUAUAUUUAACAGGGUGACAGAGACCAACUGUCCUGACUCAGGGUAUAAAAGCUUUUACUUACAUGUAUGUUACAGCAUGUAUUUUUGUGCUGAUUUAUCAUGUCAUUUAGGAUAAGCGCGAACUUUCAACUGGAAAAUAUAUUGUUAUAUUACUCAUAGGACACAAAUAACAUGUUUUUAGAAAAAAGGAAAACGCACAUUUCCAGGAAGCUAAGUAGCUUCUACAUAAGGAAAUGCAUUGAAACAAAACAUGCUGUAAUGACACCAAAACAGCACAUUUAUAAAGGUUGUGAUUGUGAAAAAAGUUUAAUACAACAUUAAAUAAAGUCUUUUCUUUCCUACAUAA